AUGUCCUUGACGUCGGACAAUGAUAUUAUUUGGCCAUGGCAAUACAAGUUCCCGCCGUUCUUCACUCUUCAACCAAAUGCUGAGACCCGUCGCAAACAAAUAAAUGCGUGGUGUCAGUUAGUCCUUAAUUAUUUUCAAAGUAAAAAGCAAUUCUCACUGAGUGUUGCAAGUAUUCGUGAUCCCUCCUGUCCUCUCUUUAAUAACAAAAGUAUUCAGCGCUCAGCAAGCCCAGAAUUGAUCGACCUCAUUUUGACUGAAUUGCAUAAGCGUGGUAAUCUUGAGUGGGUUGACAGGUCUCAUACCAAUGCCAAGAUUAUAUGGCGGACUCCUGAAGAAUGGGCUGAUAUUAUAGCGAAGUGGGCCCGAUCCACUGGUCACGGAAAUUCAGUUUGCACAUUUUACGAGUUGACUGACGGUGACGAUACAAAGCAAGAAGCUUUUCAUGGUUUAGAUGUAUCUGUCUUAACAAAUGCAUUAACUGUCCUUCAAAAACGAGGUCAAGCUGAAAUAAUGGAAGAUGAAGGUGUAAAGUUUUACUGUUAG